CCAACUGUCAGUUCGAGUUCUAAGGUUAGAUUCACUGAUUCACACUACCUUGUUUUUGAUAAUUUUGAAUAUAAAAAUUAGUUUAAAACAAGAAGCAUGAAUAUCCCUCUUUUUCCAACUCUUAAACCGAAAUUAAUAGAUUCUUUAUGGUUCCAAGCCGAUUUACCAUGUAAUGAAGAGGAAGAAGUAAAUAGAAUGGAAAAAGAACAUAGGGCUUGGAUAAAUAACAAUACAAAAUUAAUGGAUAUAGUUCCCAUAGGAAACGCAGCAAUGGAGGCUAAUGAAGAGGACGAAGAGGAGGAUGAUGAAGAUGAUAAUGAUGAUGAAGAAGAAUCUGAAAGUCAUGAUGAAGAAGAUGAUGAUGAAAUUGAAUUGGAUCCAUCACAAGACCUUAAUACUACCUCAAAUAUUAAUCCAAGACUGCAUCAACAUGCAGUUGGAUAACAGUUUUAAAUUCAAGAGAUUUUGUUUAUACUCAUAUGAUUUGAAGUUUAUGGUAAUAUUUUGUUAUUUUUUAUACUAGUUUUUCCAAUGUUUAUUAUUUUGUAAUAUCUUCUUGUUCAGGCAAUAAAUCAUGAAUUUUAUCUUCUAA